CUGUUUCUUCUCCUUUCUGUAAAACUUCUCUGCUGUCAUCAUACACAACAGCAAGGAAUGAAGACGAAGAGCCACAGACCAGGACUUCUGUGCCCUCAUGCAGACAUCAGCUAGUGAAUGCUGUAAAAGAGCAGUGCCAGUGUGAAAACUGCUAGAAGAUUUAGAAUUGAGGUAUAUCAUGGUUUCCUUAAGAUACCUCCAAGACUGAAUACAUGAUUUGUGGCAAUAGAAAAGUGGAUGAGAAGGAACCAUAAUGCCUUUCUUUGAUUCAUCGUUGUCUAUGGAACUUGGAAAUGUCCAUACAAAAUUGAAAAGCAUUGCUUAUGUCUUUCUGCUGCUCAUCGUCAGCAUUGUUAGUGGUGCCCCUGGGGUGUGUCCUCCAGCCUGCAUUUGUGCCAGUGAUAUAGUAAGCUGCACAAAUAGAAACUUAUCUAUAGUGCCCAGGACAAUUUUCAAAUUUAUUAGAAAACUAGAUCUAAGCUACAAUAAAAUAGGAUUCCUGGACCCAGACUGGUUCCCAGUCAUGUUUGAUAAAUUGCACACUUUAAUAUUGCAUCAUAACACCAUAAGCAGCAUCUCUAGUGGUAGUUUCUCCACGCUACGAAAUGUAAAAUAUCUUGAUUUAUCAUCCAAUCAUCUAAGGACGCUGAGCAACCCAGUUUUUCAAGAACUUAAGAUGUUAGAAGAGCUCCUGCUGUACAACAACCAGUUAACUAACAUUGAUUCUGGGUCAUUUGGAGGACUCCAUAAACUGCAAAAAUUAUACCUGGGGGACAAUGAACUGUCACAUUUCCCACUGGACCUAUAUGUUGGCAGGAAUAAACUUUCAGAACUUGUGAUGUUGGACAUUUCACAUAAUAGCUUGCAAACAGUGCCUGUACAGGAUAUAAGUUUAAUUUCUGCGAGGCAACUUAGUGGAAUUUAUCUUCAUGAAAAUCCGUUUGCAUGUGACUGCCAAUUGAACACAAUGUUAAACUUCUGGUAUCGCAAACGCUUUGCUCCAGUUAUGGAUUUCAAAAGUUAUUAUACCUGCAGUUUUCCAUCAGAGUCUAAAAAACAGCAUCUUCUUCAAGAGAACUUUAUCAACUGCUCUGAAAGUACUGUGAACGAGUCAUUUUAUGCAUUUGGCCUGUUGUACGAGGUUCAGAUUGGAGAAAGGCUGGUGGUACAUUGUGACAGCAAGAUAGUAGACAAGGACACACAAUUUAUUUGGAGAAGCCCAGAGGGCAAAAUUCUCCAACCGGAAAAAAAGACUGAACAUUUCCGUGUCUUUAUCAAUGGAAGCCUAGAAAUUGAAGAGGCACAAAUUGUAGAUUCGGGUAUAUAUUCCUGCAUGGCAAUAAACAAACUGGUUAAUGAAACCAUAGAUAUUAGAGUAACAGUGGGCAAUUUUACAAGUCACAAGUCUAAUUCGCAUGAAGCAUUCAACACAGCCUUCACUACACUUGCUGCAUGUGUGGUCAGUAUCAUUUUAGUCCUUCUCUACCUUUAUCUCACCCCCUGUAAAUGCUGGUGUAAAUCUAAGAAAAAUAAAAGGAAACAGAACCAAAAUAGUGCUCACUCCUCCAUUUUAAGUGCCACGCCAUCACACGAGCCAGAUGUCGAAAGAAAAUCCAGCACGGGAAAACGGGUAGUCUUCUUGGAGCCAGUCAAGGAAACAGACCAAGGCCAAAAUGGGAAAGUCCGACUGAUCCCCAAUGAGAACCUAACAGCAGAUAGCAUUUUAAAGAACAGCAGAUCAAAGUCUGACUCUGAUUCCGUCAACUCUGUCUUCUCAGAUGCCCCUUUCAUUGCACCAGUGUAACAAUUUGCCUAAAUCACUAUUUGGCACAUUUUGGCAUAAUACAAGCAACAGUGACUCUUAACAAACGUACAACUCGUGGAAACAGAUGCCUUUGUAAAUCUAAUAUCUAAUGAGGGAGAUGAAUGUACAGUUCUAUACUUCACUAGCUACAAGCACAUACAGGAGACAUAUGUUUGAGUCAGGAAUUACGAUCAUCUAUAUACAUACCUGUCUUUGUUUACUAGGGAAUCUUCCGUUUCAGGAAGACCAGUUUGUAUUCUUUAGCUCUGGGAUUUGAUGUGAGUUUACAACAAUUGCAUUUGCCACAAUUGCAGUUGGAUAUAUUAUCCGGA